AUGCGUGGUAAGAGGCCGGGGGGUUUCUGUGGGGGCGUGAUACUCACACAACACCACGUGCUCACCGCUGCGCACUGCUUAUUUCGAAAAAUCAAUGACACUACAGCUGUUACUGGCACUACCAUCUUGAGGGCAUCUGAAGUUGUCAUUCGCGUCGGAUCCACCUACAAUGAUCGCGGAGGCUCAGAGCAUGCGACGUCCAAGACCGUGGUCCACGAGGACUACAAAUAUUUGAUCAGUUACGACAACGACAUGGCAGUGUUGGUGCUGUCGGACAGUAUAAGCAACUACCGGAGCAGCUCGGUGCAGCCAGCCGCCAUCCCCCCGGGGGGGUAUGUGGUCCCGGACAACGCGUCUGUGGUAGCUGUCGGGUGGGGACAGACUGAUACGAACUGCAGCAAGUCAAGCCCCCUCGGCCUGCGGCACGUGGGGCUGCGCACGGUGGACCGAGACACCUGCGCCGCGCGGUGGGGGCAGGAGGUCCCAGAACUCCCAGACUCCAUGCUCUGCGCGGGGCUGCUUGGUGUUGGAGGAGCUAGUACUUGCAAGGGUGACUCAGGUGGUCCCUUGGUGUACAACGGGGUGGUGGUUGGGGUGACCUCAUUUGGGAAGGCAUGCGACACUUACUUCUACCCUGAUGUGUCUACGCGCGUCUCUAGCUACACCGACUGGAUCAACAACACUGUAAGUCAAAACCAGGUUGUGGUUGUGCACAAGAACAGUCACAACACCGCUGUGGCAGCUGACGUCACCAGUUUGAUGCUACUCGCCUUCGCAACGUCAAUUUGGAUUAUGUAUUCCGAAUUCUCAUUAUUUUUUUAAGUAGGAGUACGUACCGAUGAUAGUUUUAGUGUCUAAAAGAGGAUGGGAGGUUUAGGACAUGUCCAAUAAAGAUGAGUCAUACAUCAUACAUCGUUGGAUAGCUCUUUUCAAGUGAUCGA